AUGCUCAUGCUGCUGUCAGCCUUGGCAUGUUUCAUGGCCUUUCUGACGGGAACCGACGCAUCCACCAGUGCUCGCGGCAUGGCUCCUGCUCUCAACCGCCGUUACCUCCAGACCUACACAUCCAUCUUCACCAACUCAUCUUUCGCCAAUCUACCAGAUCGACCGCCAAAUUGUCCACCGUGUCCCGAACCUGAUUGCUUCAACUGUCAACUGCCGGCAUACGAAUGCUAUCAGUUUGGUGAAUGCAACCAGUACGAUGGUCUUUGCAGCUGCCCUGUUGGUUUUGGCGGACCCGAUUGCCUCUCGCCUCUCUGCGGAUCACCGGCGGACGGCUCGAAGCGCUUCCCAAAGGGAGAACCCGGCGAUGACAAGUCCUGUCAGUGCUCGGACGGCUGGGAGGGCCUCAACUGCAACGUCUGCAAUACCGAUGCUGCAUGUGCCAACUUCAUGAUGGGAGGCGAACGUCUCGGCGAAAACGGCACUUGCUACGACGGCGGCGCCACCAUCCAACAGAGCUUCCAAGAAUGCGACGUCACCAACCAGAAGAUCGUCGACAUGCUUCCCGGCCGUCCUCCUCAGGUCACGUUCAGCUGCGAUAAGAGCGAUGCUAGCUGCAAUUUCCAGUUCUGGAUCGGCGCCCGAGAGUCGUUCUACUGCGGUCUCGACGACUGCCAAGAGACUAUCGAGAUCGGCAAGUCGGCCAAUCGCACCUCGUACGACUGCAAAAAGGUCAGCUGCCAAUGCAUACCUGGACGCAUGCUCUGCGGCGAGUCGGGCAGCAUCGACAUUUCGGAGUUCCUCACCGAGGAGAUCAAAGGUCCAGGCAAGAUGUCCUGCAAGACCGACCCGGACGGUGUCCGCAAGUGUCGCUUCGAGGAACCCGGCAUGAACGGCCUCAUUUCGGACGUCUUCGGUGACGAAGCCAUCUUCAUCACCUGCAAAUCGGGCGAAUGUAUUCACUUCAGUCAGGUUCCCGGCUAUCAGGUACCCAUCGCGCCACCUAAACCCGUCCUUUGGGUCGUCAUCAGCGCCGUUGCAGCCAUUGCGAUCGUAAUCCUCUCCAUCAGCUUGCUCUGGAUGCUCGGAAGGCAUUACAAAGACGACGAGGUGCGCCUCGGCAGCGUGCGACUCCCCGAAGAGGAGGCCGAUCUCAUGAAAGAUCACAUCCCUGCCGCACUUCACUGGGAGAACGUCGGCUAUCGCAUCGGAUCCAAAGCUUUGCUCGAUGGCAUCACUGGCUCGGUCAAGCCGGGCGAGGUCAUGGCUAUCGUCGGUGCCAGUGGUGCAGGCAAGACCACGUUCCUCGACAUCCUCGCGCGACGCGAGAAGCGCGGUGUCACCUCCGGAUCGGUGCUGAUCAACGGCAGGAAGAUGUCGAACCAAGAGUACAAGCGCGUCGUCGGCUUUGUCGACCAAGAGGACCUGCUCAUGGAGACUCUAACCGUAUACGAGACUGUCCUCUAUUCGGCUUUGCUGCGGCUGCCGCGCGACAUGUCUCUCGAGGCCAAGAAGUUCCGCACGCUCGAAACUAUGCAGGAGCUUGGCAUCCUUGGUAUCAAGGACAGCCGCAUCGGUGGCUCAGGCUUCACCGCUGGUGGCAGUAAGGAAGGACGCGGUAUCAGCGGCGGUGAGAAGCGUCGGGUCUCGAUUGCUUGCGAGCUCGUUACGAGCCCGAGUAUCCUCUUCUGCGACGAGCCUACGUCCGGCUUGGACGCGUACAACGCCUUCAAUGUCGUCCAGUCGCUCGUCACGCUUGCGAAGACCUACAAGCGCACCGUCAUCUUUUCCAUCCACCAACCACGCUCCAACAUCGUGGCGCUGUUUGAUAAGCUCUUGCUGCUUGCGGAGGGUCGUGUCGUUUAUUCGGGUCCCUUUGGUCGCUGCAGCGACUACUUUGACCAGGUCGGGCAUCCCUGCCCGCCAGGGUUCAACAUUGCCGAUUUCUUGAUCGACCUCACUGCGCGUCGCAGCAAUUCGACACCGGAGAGUGCCGAGGAAGAUGUCGAAGGAGGUGGCUCGGCGGGUAGCACGCAUCAUCGCAACGAGACGAGCAUCGUCACGACCGACACCAGCUCGAGAGACGAAUCGACCGAGCUGAGAACAAGACCGAACUCGAUUGCCGAGCAAGGAUCGUCAAGGGGAGGCAGUCUGCGCAAGAAGACCAGUCGUCUCACAGACGGACUUCGAAACGCCUUUGCCAACGGCCAGGGCAACGGUCACGACGUGUGGAUGCCUGCGUUGAGCAGCGGCAAGCUGGUGCACCUCGUCAACGCAUUUGCCGAGUCCGACAUUUCUAAGGACACCAAGUCCGAGCUAGACGCCUUCCUGGGACGUCGACCCGAAGGCGUGGUCAACGAGCUGCCCGAUCUUGCGAAUGAGAGCUCGCUGCUCCGCUCGUACAAGAAGGCCGGACUGUGGACGCAGUUCAAGAUCCUAUCCGGACGGGCGUUCAAGAACCUUUACCGCGAUCCGAUCCUCAUGUUUGCGCAUUUCGGUCUCGCCAUCGUGCUCGCACUCUUCUGCGGAGUCCUGUACCACGGCGUGACCAACGACAUUUCGGGAUUCCAAAACCGUCUCGGCCUGUUCUUCUUCAUCCUCUCGCUGUUCGGUUUUUCGUGCUUGACCUCGCUCGGGGUGUUUGCAAACGAACGCGCGCUGUUCGUGCGCGAACGCAGCAAUGGCUACUACAGCCCGCUGACGUAUUUCACGAGCAAGCUGCUGUUCGAUAUUCUGCCGUUGAGGGUCGUUCCGCCGUUCUUGUUUGGUGGAUGCGUGUAUUUCCUCGUCGGUUUGGUACCGGGGGUAGCCGAGUUUUGGAAGUUUAUCCUCACGCUGGUGCUGUUUUCGCUCUCGGCUUCUUCUGCGGUGUUCUUCAUCUCCAUCGCGAUCGAAGAUACCGGUCUGGCGAACUUGGUAGGGUCGCUCACGAUGUUGUUUUCACUUCUGUUUGCAGGUCUGCUCAUCAACCGCGAUCGCAUCCCGGGGUACCUACGGUGGCUGCAGCACCUGUCGUUCUUCCACGCCGCGUACGAGGCGCUCAUCGUCAACGAGCUGCGCAACCUCAGCCUCAAGGAGCACAAGUACGGGAUCGAUAUCGAAGUCCCCGCUGCGAGCAUCAUCAGCUCGUUCGGGUUCAACAGCCAGGCGUUCUGGUUGCCGGAUAUCGUCACACUAGUGGCACUGUUUGUGGCGUUCACCGUGGCGAGUGCGGGGUGGUUGGUGGUGUUUGUUAGGGAGAGGAAGUGA